ACACCCCUCGCGGAGCGAGCCUACGCCGCCCGCCAAUCAACGCUACCCGUCGUCCGUUCGCGGCCUCCCAUUGGCCUGCUCUUGCCGGGAGGCGGGGAGAGGGGGGGCAGGGCGUCGGGCUGACGUCCAGCCAAUCGCCGGGCCCACCGCGCGCGCCCCUGGUUGCCCCUGGAAACCUAACAGCCUGCAGCCCCGGUCCACCACGCCCGCCCGGCGGCAGGGAGAUGGAGGAGCGCUCCGACCACACUGGGGACCCGGAGAAGGAAUAUGGAGAUGUGGAGAGCCUGACCUCGCGGCUGUCCGGGAUCAAGACCAGCUCUGGCCCCCAGUCCCCGGCCGAACCCGCGGAGCCGGGGCCGGAGGCCGUAGAGGCCUCAGAGGAAGGCGCCGAGCCGGCCGGGUCCCAGGAAGGGCCGGCGGCCUCCGAGGCUGCUGGCGAGGAGGGGCCCGGAGAGUCGGAGUGGCCGGCCGAGGACGAGGCGGAGGCCGAGCCGGCGGAGGCCGGGCCUGAGGAGCCAGCCAAGCCGGAGCCCGAAGGCGGCCCCAAGGAACCGGAGGAGCAGUGGGAGGAGGAGGAGGAGGACGACGACGAGGCGGCGGCGGAGGUGGCGGCGGAGCCGAGGAGGAAGGAAGUCCCAUCGCAGGUGUCUCUGCGGCAGGCCACAGCCGGCAAGGAAGAGGCUGUGCCAGAACGAGAGGCUGAGCGGGAAGGACAGGUGGAGGAGGAGGGAGAAGAGAGCGAGGAGAGCGAAGGGAAGCCUGCGGAAGGAGGCCUGGGGAAAGGCAAGGACGCGCUGAGCGGUUUGGACGAGGGACUCGGGCUUGAGAGCUACGACUGGACUGAGGAGGUGCAGAAGCAGCAGGAGCAGCAGCUGCGCGCCGAGCUCCUGGAACAGUACCGCUCCCUGAUGGUGGAGCGCGGCCGCUACCAGCGCUACAACAUCUACCUGCAGCACAAGAUCUUCGAGGCGCUGCGCAGGAAGAAGGGCCUGGAUGCAGCCGAGGGGCCCGAUAAGGGCGCGGAGCCUGAGGCCCCCGAGAAAGAGCAAGCAUACCUACGCCAUCUGGCCAUGCUGGAGGAUCUGAGGCAGCAGGAGGCAGACGACCUGCGCUGGUACCACCACGAGGUGGACCAGCUGAAGCAGGAGUGCAAAGAGAAGCUCUCCAGGGUGGAGAAGGAAUGGCGAAGCUUCCAGGCACUCAAGAAGCAGGUGGUGAUGCAGGCCAUGGGCAGCUGUCGGAUGAGGGGCGGGCGCCAGGCGGCUCUGCGAGAGGUGGAGCAGAUCCAGGCGUUGGAGGAUAAGAAGGAGAAGGAGAUGAGCGCUGUGAGGCUAGAGAACGUGCAGCUGAAGCAGAGUCUGGUGCAUUUUGAAACCAGGAUGAGGGCCCAGGAGGACCUCACAGAGGGCCUGCUCCUUAUAGAUUUUGAACAGCUUAAGAUUGAGAACCAGACCUUCAAUGAGAAAGUUGAGGAGCGAAAUGAGGAGCUUUUGAAACUGCGCAGCAAGGUGACCAACAACGUGCAAAUAAUAACCCAUGUGAAGGAAAAGUUACACUUUAUGGACAUAGAGAAUGCGUGUAAAAAGUCAGAGCUUAUGGAGAUCGAGGCACAGGUGGCUCUAAAGAGGGACAUCUUGACCAAGACUAAGCAAGCCCGAGACAGCCUGCGGAUCAGCAACCUGAAGCUGAAUCAGAAGUGUGGGCUCCUGGGCAAGGAAGCCCUCCUUCGGGACAUGGAAGAGAAAGUGGACAGGACUGAGGAGCUCAAACAGCGCUUGGGAUCCCUGAAGCACCACCACACCGGGCUGAUUCUGUCCUGCAGAGGCGUGAAGCAGAAGAUUAGGGAGGCCAAGGCCUUUCUGCCCUCUUGACACGAUUGAUGGGAAGAGUCAGCAGAACGUCUUCAAUCUCAGAAAACAUCAUCCUUCAUUAACUCUUAUUCUCCAUUUGUCGCCACUCUUAAAAAGGCCUGGGACAUUUAGGAUGGAAUUGUGUUUUGUGUUCUUAAUUUUUCAGCUUCCAAAUUAGUGCCGAGCAUGAGAUUGAGUUAGCACUCAGUUUAUACAGGGUUAAGUAAAACAGAGAAACAAACAGGGAUGAUUUAAUGUGCCUGACUCCUCAUAAAAAGCUGUCAGAAGUCUUUUUGUAUCUGAGCAACUCCAUCGUCUCAGUGUCCUGACGCAGAGGAGAACUGUUCCUCCUCCAUGUGUGAGAGGCGUCAACAGACAGGCAGGGUGCCGGAAAGAUCCCGUGCAGUAAGCUCAGUAUUAAAUCCCCUCUGAAUGUGUUGAACUGUGUGCUCCCGCGUCGCCGUCUCAGUUUGAACCUCACUAAUAAUUCCCUCAAUCUAAAACUGUUUUGCCUGUAAGUAACACAAGCUCCUGGGGUAAUAAAAAAUACCCAGGAGCAGAAUGAAUGAGCACCAGGGGGAGGAGCCGACGUUCCUCAUCUCUCCUUCUCCAGUGAAAGGAGGCUCAGUCUGCCUGCUUCACUGUGAACGUUUGUUUCUGGCUCAA